AUGGAUGAUUUGGUAGAUCAGCUCACAGAGACGUUUCACGUCGACCCGAAUGCACUAGGUAAGAAAACUCAUCAGGAAUUUUGAAUAUUUCAAAUUUAGGGAGAGCAUCCGAGGUUCAGCAAGUUCAAAAAUGAAGGGAAGGCGGCUGAGCAACAAGCGAAGAGACGAGAAGAGGCGCUGGUGAGACAGAGGGACAGCAGAACCGACCGUUUCAACCGACUUCGGAAACUGGCCCUCGAUGAGGAAUACGAAGACGAUGAAGAAGAAGUCGAGAAGCAGCAGGCUCUCGACUUGAGGAAAAGACGACCUCAUAUUUUCCGGUUGCGUUUUUCAACUUUUUUAUUUGAUGAAGUAAAAGAUUUAAUGAACUAGUUUCAGCUAUACACUUUCUCUCCAUUAUUUGGGUUCAGCUUCAAUUCUUUCUUGUCGCUAUUGUGCAUUUGUAAAGAAAACGUUUCAUUCUCGAGAAAUCCACAAUCCACACUGGAAUCCACAAUCUUUCCAACAAUCCUGUGGUUUGAAUCAAAAAAAAAAACAACCAAUAAGCGAAAUGAGAGUUUUCAUUGUUAUUCAAGGCGAUUCGCGAUUCUCGCGCCUCCAAACUUUUUCAGGGAUGCUUUACGAGGACCCUAUCUUCUUUUUCAGGUACGCUGACCAACUGAUGCUGAGCGAGUGGCUGAUAGACAUUCCGGAAAUGUUGUCGGCCGAGUGGACGAUGAUCCCAGCGCCAGUCGGCAAAAGAGUCCUCGUCGUGGCUUCCAGAGUUCGUCCUCUCAUUAUCUACAGUUUCCUGCGAAAAAUCUGGCUCUUUUUGUGCUUAAAUUAGAUAAUAUCGUAGUGAUAGCUCUUCUAGACUCAUCCAUAAGACACUUUCCGAAUCUUUAAAGAAAAAAGAACUGCCUAGAGUCGUGCUGUCAAAGACGUGUAGGAUUCGAAUGGUUCAGGGGACAACUACCGCCUACAACAAGGCUGGCCGAAUGGUCACCCAGUUCCAGUCGCGCCUCCCAGGUGGAUCUUCGGCUACCAGUGGUGAGGCUCUUUUAGUUACACAUUCAUAUGGUCCACCGAAAUCGAGGUUUGAGAUGAUUCUAUGAAAGUUCACUUGCUUGAUUGUUUUCGGGUUUGAACAUUACGGUAAGAAAAAAAAAGAAUUUCCAAAACGAAGAAAAAGCAAUACUAAGAUCUUUGUCUUUUAUGUUAACCUUCCGAUUUUAUUUUUGUAUUAUUUGAAUCCCUGUUUUUCUAUAGUUACGCAGUUUUAUUCGAAUCAGUUGAGAGAGGCUUUAUAAGAUUAAUUUUAUACAUAUGUAUAACCUCAUUUUUAACGGCCAAUCGGUUUUUUUGGUUUUAGUCUCUGUCUUUGCAGCUUCCUACACUAUAGUGGACGCGAUAAUGUCGGACAAAACGAUAUAUUGUCUGGAUUUGCUGUGUUGGAACCAGAUGAACGUGGCCGAUAAUCCUGUAGACUUACGGCAUUUUCUGCUUGACUCAAAACUCGAAGAAAUGCCGGAGCUCGCAGUUUCAUCCAAGAAGAACAAGUUUUCAUUAGUGCUUCGCCUUUUCUGAUGACAAAGUUUAGGUUUUCGAUUCGAAAGCUGCCUCACUGUAAGUGCACGCCGGAGGCCAUGACCGAAAUGAUGAGCUCCGAUUUUGAGUGCGUUCAACGACUUUCUUUUUUUUUCCGAAUAUGACAUAUAAAUUAUCUUCCUUCUUUCUCUUCCACUUCUGUUACUUUUAAGCUUUGACCUAUUGGAUGGCCUUCUGUUUUACUACACUGAAGCGCAGUACGAAGCCGGGCAAAGUGCUCUCGUGGGGUGGCUCAAGCCUUGGAUGUUGCCUGAAGUCCUCAACGUCCCGGUUUCAGAAAGGUAACUCCUCUAUUUUUUGAUGAGAUACGAACAACGCCUGGUUUUCUGUAUCGCCGGGUUUAUUUUGUCUUUUUUCAAGUUUGAAUAGUCAUCUGCUUUUUCACAUUUGCAUCUGCCAUAUUUUACUUGAAAAAAAAAAUGACGAUUAAGAUUUUUCUCUCUUUCAAUGUUUAAAUUCAUUGGAGUUUUUUUCAUAAUCGAAAAUGGGGCAUUUUCAAGGUUUCUGGCCGGAAAAGAAGACAGGACGACUCAACAGUUUAUUGAAAGCUAUAACUCAACGCAUGGACACCAGAGCAAAAUUGAAAAAGGAAUGGAAUGCGAGUGA